AUGGCUUUGGCCCCAGCCGGUUUGCAGGUGGGAACCCUGGUGUGGGGCGCCUGCCUCUGCAUCCUGGUACACGGGCAACAGGCCCAGCCAGGGCAGGGCCCGGACUUGGGGCGCUGGCGGCAGCUGAUCCAGUGGGAGAACAACGGGCAGGUGUACAGCCUGCUCAACUCGGGCUCCGAGUACGUCCCCGCCGGAGCACCGCGCGCCGAGGGUAGCUCCCGGGUGCUGCUGGCGGGCGCCCCCCAGACCCAGCUGCGGCGCAGCCAAGGAGGUCCCCGGCGGCGGCAGGCCCCGUCUCUGCCCCUGCCCGGGCGCGUGGGCUCGGACACCGUGCGCGGCCAGGCGCGGCACCCUUUCGGCUUCGGCCAGGUGCCGGAUAACUGGCGCGAGGUGGCCGUCGGGGACAGCACGGGUAUGGCCCGGGCUCGCACCUCGGUCUCCCAGCACGGGGGCUCCGCCUCCUCGGUCUCGGCCUCUGCCUUCGCCAGCACGUACCGCCAGCCGCCCUCCAUCCCGCAGCAGUUCCCCUACCCGCAGGCGCCCUUCGUCAGCCAGUACGAGACCUACGACCCGGCGGCGCGGACCUACGAGCAGGGCUACGUGUACUACCGCGGGGCGGGCGGCGGCGGCGCCGGGGCGGCGGCCGUGGCCUCGGCGGGAGUGGUCUAUCCGUUCCAGCCGCGGCCGCGCUACGAGGAGUUCGGCGGAGGGGGCGAGGAUCAGCCCGAGUACUCGCCGCAGGGCUUCUACCCGGCCCCGGAGAGGCCCUACGCGCCGCCGCCCGCCGACGGCCUAGACCGCCGCUACUCGCACAGCCUCUACCACGAGGGCGCCGCGGGCUCCGAGCAGGCCCUCCCCGGCCCGGGCCCCGACGCAGCGCAGGCCGCCGGCGGCGCCUACGGCGGCGACCCCGCCCUCGGCUGGUACCCGCCCUAUGCCAACCUGCCUCCCGAGGCCUACGUGCCCCCGAGGGCGGUGGAGCCGCAGCCCCCGUUCCGCAUGCCGGAGCCGCCCUACCUGCCCGUGCGCAGCUCGGACGCGCCCCCGCCGGUGGCGGAGCGCAGCGGCUCGCAGCAGGGUCGCCUCAGCGUGGGCAGCGUGUACCGGCGCACCCAGAACGGCCGCGGUCUCCCUGACUUGGUCCCAGACCCCAACUAUGUGCAAGCGUCCACCUAUGUCCAGAGAGCCCACCUGUACUCCCUGCGCUGUGCAGCAGAGGAGAAGUGCUUGGCCAGCACAGCCUAUGCCCCGGAGGCCACUGACUAUGAUGUGCGGGUGCUGCUGCGCUUCCCCCAGCGGGUGAAGAACCAGGGCACAGCGGAUUUCCUCCCAAACCGGCCGCGGCACACUUGGGAGUGGCACAGCUGCCACCAACACUACCACAGCAUGGACGAGUUCAGCCACUAUGACCUGUUGGAUGCAGCUACAGGCAUGAAGGUAGCCGAGGGCCACAAGGCCAGCUUCUGCCUGGAGGAUAGCACCUGUGACUUCGGCAACCUCAAGCGCUAUGCCUGCACCUCACAUACACAGGGCCUGAGCCCAGGCUGCUAUGAUACUUACAACGCGGACAUCGACUGCCAGUGGAUUGACAUAACUGAUGUGCAACCCGGCAACUACAUCCUCAAGGUGCACGUGAACCCUAAGUACAUUGUUUUGGAGUCUGACUUCACCAACAAUGUGGUGAGAUGCAACAUCCACUAUACAGGUCGCUAUGUUUCUACGACAAACUGCAAGAUUGUCCAAGCCUGA